AUGCCGGCGAAACUCCACACGCUCAAGGCGAAGAUCGUUGGGGAGAAGCCGGAGUGCUUCCCCUUCCGCUGCCAGUUGAAGCUGGUCAACCACGACGGGGCCGUCGCCCCGGGCGAUGUCGUCACCUUCCCCGAGUUCUUCUCGGGCGCUGGAGAGUUUGAGGGCAUCUACUUCGCAGCAGCUCCCGCAGAGGGGGGUGAAGGCGCUUUGGACCUACUCCUUGGCGACGUGGAGUACUUGUGCUUCCCCAAGCAGAUGGUGGACCUGGUGGGCGGCGCCGACAAGCUAGAGGAGCACUUCCGCCCGGCCCUGAUGUCGGCCGACCUCGGGGGAAUGACACUCGCUGACAUGGAGGAGGACAUGGGAGGCAAGGCCGAUUACUGGAAAGAGGUUGCGACCAAGGAUGAUGCGGGGAAGAAGGAUGGCCAGCCCACCACCGAGAUCAUUUAUGAGGUCGAGAAGAAAAGAAAGGGGUCGGAUUAA